GUCAGCAGCAGAACCAUGGCUCCGCGGGGAUCAUCAAUAGUCCCGAUAGCAGGAAGUUCAGACAAGCGUCAAAUCACGGGAAAUCUUGCGGUCACACUUUCGGGGAAGUUGUUGCCAUUUCAACUUAUUUAUGAGGGAAAGACGAACCGCUGUCUGCCGAAAGGGGUUCAGUUUCCCACUGGCUUUCAUCUGACUAUGACUCCAAACCACUGGUCCAACGAGAACACUUCAAAAGAUUACGUAUUGAAGAUACUGGCUCCUUAUAUCGAGAAGACGAAACAAGAGCUCGGAUUGCCUCCUGAACAGAAGAGCCUAAUAAUAUCGGACGUAUUCAGGGGGCAGCAGACUCAGGAAGUGUUAACACUGUAUGAAUCUCUCAAUAUGAUCGUCCAAAAGGUGCCUCCAAAUUUGACGCAUAUUUUUCAACCAUUGGACGUUUCGAUUAAUGGUUUAGUAAAGAGCCACAUGAGAGACCAGUAUGAGAAGUAUUACGCGACCUGUAUUACUACACAGCUAGCUGCUGGUAUUAAUCAGGACAACAUUGACGUCGAUACAAGGAUUUCCAAGAUAAAGAAGCUCCACGCAGAAUGGAUCAUAGACACCUACAACUUUCUAUCAACUAGAGAAGACGACAUAAUUAAAGGGUUUUCCAAAGCAGGAAUAACCGAUGCCGCCUCUGAAAACUUUGUCAGUGAACUGGAUCCAUUCGCGGAUUUAAUGUAGAAUUAGAUGGCGAGAAAUGUUAUGAUAUUAGUAUUACGAUAUUAUGAUCAUUUUGGUAUGAAAUGUUUCAAUUCUUAUACUGUAUGAAAUAUGAAUCAUUCAAAAUUAGAUUAUUAACUGAAGUUGAAUUAAUUCGUAUGUACUCAAUUUUAACUUUCAAAAUUUAAUGAUGCAAAAAAUACCAAAAAAGUAGGCGUCCCAAAUAUUUCGUCGUUAAAAAAUUUCGUCGACGAAAAAUUUAAUGCCGGAAAAUUUCGUCCGCGUUUUGAGUUUAGCUGAAAUUUUUCGGCAUUAAAUUUUUUGCACCUAAGGUAUAUGAAUUUGAGAUGGAAGGUUUUGAAUUGUAUUAUUGGGUGCAUUGUACUUUAGGCCUUAAAGCAAUAUUAACUGAACUGUUUUAUCACUCACUGUUAAGAUUUGGAGUUGCCACGUUUUAUAGAAGGCUUGGAUGUUAGGGUGUCUUGGGGAACUUAUUGUUUCAUUGACUAUGGGCCUUGAAGUAAAUAUUAAGAAAACUAAGAUUGUAAUAUUCAGCCCUCCCAAACGAAAGCAGUCCUAUGAAACAUUCACAUUGGGAGGUCAGCCCAUCCAGCACACCGAUAAAUACUGCUAUCUUGGCAUAAUAUUCCACAGAAAUGGAUCGUUUACAGCAGCAAAUACUGAGCUGAGGGCCAAGGCUCUCCGUGCUCUCUAUGGCCUCAAAGGCAAAAUAGUUAAGGAUGCCCUCUCACACCGUGCCCUUAAUAUUCUAUUUGACUCCUUAAUAAAACCAAUCCUGCUUUAUGGCUGUCAAGUCUUAUGCCCCCACUCAAAAACCAUGAGAUACCUUUCAAAAAUAGAUGACAAAGCCAACCCCCAGCAUACCUUGAAGUACAUUGCACAAGACCACUAUGAAAAAUUCCACCUAAAGUUUAUCAAGUGGUCUUUGUCUGUACAUUCAAAAGCAUCAAAUAUAGGUUGCUGGGGCGAAAGCGGGCGCCACCCUCUAUUCUUUGAAGCCUGCAAACUUGCAAUAGAUUACUAUAGUCGCCUUGAAAACACUGAAAACGAACUACUCUGUGCUGCAUUUCACGAACAAAUCAUGUUGGGACUUCCUUGGUAUACCAACAUCUCAAAGCUUCUCACCAAAUACAACUUCACCCCCUCAUCUUCCUCAAAAUCUAAGCUCUCCACCCAAAUCAGUCAUAACAUGAGGGAAGAAUUCGUGAAUACCUGGAAAGCUGCCAAGGCCUCCUCGCCAAAACUAGAAUUCUAUAACUUAAUUAAACAUGAUUUCGAACCAGAGGCAUACCUACGAAUUAUCAAAAUACCGGAUGUUCGAAAAAGUCUGACAAGGUUUCGUAUCAGCUGCCACAACCUCUACAUCGAAAGGGGCAGAUACGAAACCCCCCUUGUACCAAGAGAAGAACGUUGGUGCACCUACUGCUUUUUCAGCAAAGGGCUCAAGCCUAUUGAGGACGAAAGUCACGUAUUGAUUGACUGUUUGCUCUACUCCUCAGUUAGGGAAAAAUUCAAUUUCCAUCCCCUAAACAUUACUGACCUAGUCGGUUUGCUCUCCAACAAAACUCUAGAUCCUACCACACUCACUGCCACAGCAAGAGCAAUCCAUUCAAUUCUCUCUGUGAACGAAAAUUAUACAGCCUACUAUAAGAGCCCAGAUUUCCACUCAAAUACUGGCAAGUGCAUAAUGCUAUAGGACCUUAAAAUAAGAUUGAACCAUACAAACUCGAUUUAUCUAUUUUUCUAAAACUAGCAUUAUAUAACAUUUCUAAAUUAUCCCUACACACUUGUAAAUAAUUAGAAUUGUGUAACUUAAAUUAUUUCAGAAUUACAACUAUUGUGUACUCAAUAAAGUAAUUAUCACUUUUGUAUCCUUGUAUCCUUGUAUCCUUGUAUCCUAUUUAACUCUAAUGUAUUGCGAAAUUUUAUAAUUGAGUUGAACUAUUUCAUUUAUUUUACAUUAUUUCUUUUUAGGUGAUGGUUGUCAUUGGAAGUAUAUCUCAACCAUUUCAAACUGAGAAAAAGACAUGUGUGAAAGAUGCGUCAACAUUGUGCUUGUUGAGAAUCAACAAAAUUCAAAGAUAUCUGGUUGAUAACAAUAUUGAUGGUUUUGUUGCUAUCAAUGGAAUUGACAGUCGUUACAGUCCUGACUGUAGGCAUUUCAUUAAUUUCAUCUUAUUUGGCUGCUCCAUGUAUAAAUCAGGGAGCUUCAGCAAAUACUUUGAAAUUGAUACAGAUGAAAUUGUGAUGCUCAUUAAGCCGUCUAAAGUCGAGCUUUAUGUCACUCACAAAGACAUGAAAAGCAUCCUUCCCUAUCUAGCCAAAGUUCAUGAUCUUCAAAUUCACUGCCUUGAUGCCAACAUCUCUAGCGAUGAGAACAUAGUUGAGGACCAUAAAAUUUACUCCUUUAUCUCCAUGACUCAAGGUGUCAAUAAAAUUGCCAUUCCGUACUCCAAUGACUCUAAUGAGUUCGACCCAAUGGUUAUUGAAAAAUGGCCAUUACUUCAAGCAUACGCUCUCGAAGACUAUGGCUCACAAGGAUUUUUCGGACUUACUCAUUCGCUAAUACCACUCAACUUUGAAAAGCUCUCCGUGUUCUGUGACUUUGAUCUAGGAUCUCUAAAACAUCUGCUGAAAGAUACAAGCAUCUUGUUAAAUUUCCAGUGGAAUACUAUGAUAAUGAAUGUGUCCAAUAUGAUAAAAAGUGAAACUCUAGAUAACAGUUUGGAUAAGGCUAUUGAUCCUGUUGUGAGCUAUCUAGAGCAUGGCAACCAAACAAGUGAUAGUCAUGCUCAUGGUGCCACAGUUUUUGGAUUGGAAAAACAUGCGGUUACUAGAAAACCCUUCUUCAUUACUUGCUCUGUUAUAGAAUCUCCAAGUUCGCUAAGCUGUGGAAGAACUUACUUCAUACACGACAACGUUGACUCCAGUGAUUUGGUCCUCCUUUCAUCAAUAUAUGAUGCCAUGGCUGCCACUACACAAAGAACUAUUCAACGCUUUUUAACCACACAAAACUCCUCAAAGCUACUUCAAUACUUCACAAAGAAGUUCACUGAAAAGCUCAGUACUUACAAAUAUCCUCAGCUUGUAAAUUUCAAAGCAAGCUCUGUAAAGAUUGAAGUGAGUCUAGAAGCUUUUGAUGUUAAAGGAAAUAAAGUGAGUUCAAACUCAAAGUCAAGCAUGAAGGUGUUUGGAGCAGCUGUUUCAAAUAUUGCUAGUUUGCAAAAUACUAAAGUUGUCUACAAACCAUUGGUAUUUCAAGACACAUUCUUUGAGUCUCACAUUAUCGUGAAAAAUGAUGACGUCUCUGCUGAUGACUCUGAGCUGCUGAUCGUUACAGACGUUAUUCCUACCUAUGUGCAAUGGAACCAUUUUGGAGCACAAAAUGCAGACUCUGUACCGUGCUCUCUGCUGUGCAACGAUGUUAACACUUAUGAAGCUAUGUUCAGAUUGGAGGACAACACCAUCAACAUAACAUCACCUUAUUCUACACUUCUUCAAAUCAGAAUAAACGACUUGAAGGAGAUAAGAGUAAAGAAAACUGGAUCAAUCGCUGUUGCACUUUACCUUGAACAUGCCUCUAAUUGCUUACCUCCAUUCCUGAAGAGGUUCUGCUUGGUGUUCUGGCAACGAGGGAAAGGUGUGAGGUUCACAAAUGACACUUUGCUGCCUUUGUUUAGGGAGUACAAUAUACCAGAGUCUGCAGAAAAUUUACCUCCAGAUUUCCUGCUGAGAUACGAAAAUAUUGUGACUGUUAAAACUAGUGAUGUUGGCAACUUGGGAACUUCAGAUGAGGGCAGGAUGAUCGAGUCUUCCUAUCCCACAUACCCGGCAUUUGCACCCCACAUGAUGCUAAGUUCUCUGGGGAAUUUCACCUACAACCAACUUGAUGUCAAUCCAGCAAUGAAAUCUGAAACAGCAGAACCAUUCAUCUUCAUCACAUUGCUCGUUGGAAUACCUGGUAGCAACCAAGAGAAAAUCUGCUCCAUAGUAACAGAAGGAACUAAAGAAGACCACCAUUUCAUUGUACUGAGACAACCACUUGGUUCUGAAGAGCUGUUCAGUGCUCACAACAUGCAAAAAGCUCUACAGAUGCUGAGCAAGAGGGGAAAUGAUCCGAUUCGAGUUAUUGUCAUUGUUUCUGCUUAUGUUGAAGUACCUGAGGUGGUUGCUGCUAUUGUCCAUCAUCCUGAUAAGUUUACCAGGCAAUCGUGUCAUGUUGCCUCCGUCAGCACUUGCAUUGACUUACGAAAUCUGUUUAUAAGCAACCGAACAUGUUUCCCAAAAAUAAUUGAGCAGUGUAGCGAGGGAUGGGUUAACAACAUCAUUGUUACCGGUUGUAGUCCUUCCAAACAGAAAGGUAAAGAUGAGAGAAUUAGUUUCUUGAAGACCCUGAACCCUUCGUGCAGCAUUAUUGAGGUUGUGGGAAACAACUACAUAGACAAAGAUAGCCUUGUAGAAAUGUGUACAGUUUAUGCAUUUGCUAAAUCUACCCUGCCAAUUUCAAGACAUUUUACUGCUCCAGGAUGGUAUUCCUUACAAUACAAACCAAAUCCUCCCUUCAUUCCCAUUACAUAUCUGACAGUGUCGUUCGGAGCUGAUCUCUGUAAAGCUCGCUUCAUGUCCCAUCUGAAGAGUCUCCACCAGAAGGAGGGACGAGUGUAUGUUGAUAGGUUGAUGAUGUCCGGCUCUAUAUUCUAUGUUGGAGGCAGAGCUAAGUUUACGGAGGAUAACAACCUUUACACCCUGGAGUGUACUCCAAGAAGUGAAACUAUUUCUCUCAAUACUUUCAACAAGCCCCUGCCUCCUGGCAGCAAGAAUUGUUUCAUUUUCACUGGCUACAAAAUAACUGAAGAGCAGGUGAAGCAGUGGUUACAAGGCUGCGCUCCGAAACCUCCCGUAAAAAAAGAAAAAUACACUAAAUUUUCUUUGAGUUCAAAAGAAAAGGAAAUGCUAAAGUUGGAAGCAGCGAGAGAGAAACUUCCAGAAGGGUGGUUUUAUAAUGGCUCUCAUUACGUUUCCAUGAUGGAAGGAAAGAAGAUGGAACACCCACUGUUUGAUGAUAUUGUUGAAAGGUUCCUAAACAAGAGAAAUGAGGAGAUUGAACUUUUCAACCACAAAAUUGAUAACACUAAAGUGUCGUCGCUGUUCAAUGGAAGUUAAUUGUGCCGAGGUCCCGGUUGGGAUUAUUAUAACUGAUAUUAGUGAUGUUUGUGAUUUGUUUUGUGUGCUCGCUUUUUACAAAAUUAAGUUAUCAAAGUUUAGUUUGUUUUCCAAGUUUUGUCAAAGUUUUCAGUUGUCAGAGUUUUCAUUAUCAAG